AUGGAAUCAACCAAUCACCCUAGCAUGGAGCCUAUCGCCAUCGUCGGAAUGGCCUGCCGACUCCCUCCUGAUAUAUCUACUUUGGGGGAGUUCUGGAGCUUCUGUGCUCACGGAAAGAGUGCUUGGACCGAGAACCCCGAAGGCCGUUUUGAGAAUGCAGCCUUUUGGAACAAGAACGCAGACCGAAAGGGAAAGAUCAACAACAAAGGAGGCCAUUACCUGAGCCAUAACCUUGCCCAUUUCGAUGCUCCGUUCUUUCGCAUUACGGCCAACGAAGCGAAGGCUAUGGAUCCACAGCAACGAUUUCUCCUUGAGGUCACCUACGAAGCGUUGGAGAAUGGGGGCUUUCCAAUGGAGGAAAUGGCCGGCAAGGAUGUCGCAGUCUUCGCAGCAAACUCCUUCUCGGACUACUUGCAUGGUAUCACCCGAGACCCUGAGACUGCACCUACCUUUGCAAUGACCGGAUGUGAUCCCUGCAUGAUUGCAAAUCGACUCUCCCAUUUCUUUGAUUUCCGCGGCCCUAGCAUUACUGUGGAUACCGCAUGCUCCUCGGCUCUGACUGCCAUCCACUUGGCCUGUCAAAGUCUUCGCUCAGGAGAUUCGCCAUAUGCCAUUGUGGCCGCUGCACAUCUGAACAUCUACCCUCAGAGCACCAUUCUAUACUCUUUAUCCCAGCAAGUCUCAUCUACGACUUUUUACGUCUCACUUACGCUAACUUUAAUGAAUAGGCUUCUUUCUCCCGAAGGAAAGUGUUACGCGUUUGACGACCGGGCUACGGGGGGAUUCGCCCUCGAAGCAGGGGAUCAUAUUUACACUGUCAUCAAGAACACGGGGAUCAACCAAGAUGGCCGAACAAAUGCUGGAAUCACUGUCCCAAGUGGCGAGGCCCAAGAAAGCUUGAUUCGGUCCGUGUAUGCUUCUUGUGGCCUUGACCCAUCCGAGACUCGGUAUGUGGAAGCACAUGGAACCGGUACUGCCAUCGGCGACCCAAUCGAGGUGGGGGCCAUUGCCAAUAUAUUUGGCAAACAGGGCACCGGCUUGGAACCAACCUUUAUCGGAUCAGCGAAGUCAAACUUUGGCCAUUUAGAAGGGGUCAGCGGCCUAGUAUCUGUUAUCAAGACUGCAAUGAUGCUUGAGAAGGGAAUGUUGUUGCCCAAUACCAACUUUACCAAUUCAAAUCCCAAACUACAUCUGCAAGUGAACAACCUCCAAGUGCUCAGUGGGAUAAAGCCCUGGCCAAAGUCUGGAGUCCGCAGGGCAUCUGUCAACAACUUUGGUAUCGGUGGCUCCAACUCGCAUGGUAUCUUUGAGCAAGCACCACCAAGACCUAGCCAAAAGCCGUCGGGCGGGUCAUACAUAUUUGCCCUCUCGGCGAACUCUAAAUACUCAUGUCGAAUGCAGUUGAGCCAACUGUCGGCCUAUGUGCGAAAGCAUCCCCUAUUCUUCAACCAAACUAUCAUGGAAGACCUAGCUCUCACCAUCUCGACGCGAAGGUCUCUGUUGCCUUGGAAGGCUGUUGUCACCGCAAGCAGUCAUACUCAGCUUGUAGAGAAGCUACGUGCAGAGUCUACUACACCAACGCGUUCGACCAAGCGGCCAUUGGUGGGCCUAGUCUUCACCGGACAAGGUGCCCACUGGCCACAGAUGGGCCAAGAACUUGGCUGCUAUCCAGUAUUUGCGAACUCUUUACGAAAGUCGCAAGCGACACUUUUGGAGCUAGGGGCCACCUGGAAACUGGAAGAUGAAUUGCUCAAUAGUUCUAAACAGUCUCAGCUGGGUGUGCCACAGAUCAGCCAAGUCGCCUGCUGCGCCAUCCAAAUUGCUCUGGUAGACUUGCUGCACUCAUGGGGACUGGACAUUACCGCCGUGGUCGGCCAUUCUAGCGGUGAAAUCGCUGCUGGUUAUGCAGCUGGCCUCUUGUCUGCCGCCACCUGUAUCAAAGUGGCAUAUCAUCGUGGAAUGGCGACAGUGGAGAUGAAAGAAAAGUUCCCAAGUCUAAAGGGAUCCAUGAUUGCUGUGGGAUGUAGCGAGGCUAUAUUACAGACCCUACUCGCCUCCCUGACCUCCGGCUCGGCAGCUAUCGGCUGCAAGAAUAGUGCCUCUAGCUUUACGGUGUCUGGUGACCGCAGCGCAAUAGAGGAGCUUCACGCCCUAUGUAACGCGCAAAAUAUUUUCAAUCGUACAUUGAAGGUUGAUAUCGCCUACCACUCGAGUCACAUGAGUGUCGUUGCAGAAAGCUACCUCGCAGCCCUUGGCGACAUCCAGUGUGAUGAGAGUCCAAUCAAAUUUUUCUCCUCAACCGACGGUGGCCUGCUUCAAGACCCAAAGCUAGACAAUCGUUACUGGACGAGAAAUCUGACUGGUCAAGUCCUCUUUUCGGACUCCCUAUCGGCUAUGUGUCGCUAUAAUGAGUCAAUUGGCGGGGAGAAACGUGGAAUCAACAUACUUGUGGAAGUUGGCCCCCAUGCAGCCCUCAAAGGUCCUGUUUCACAAGUGAUAAAAAGUAUUGCAAAGAACCAAGAUAUUGCGUACUUCCCAACGCUGGUUAGGGGCAGAAACGGGGUUCAUACUAUGCAUGAACUGGUAGCCUCGCUAUUGCUGAAGGGAUUCCCCAUUAAUUUGGAGAAAGUCAAUUUCGGAAACACCCCGAACCUAUCCAAGCAGUUCACUGUGUUGGGAGAUCUUCCAUCUUAUCCAUGGAAGCACCAGGAAGAAUAUUGGCAAGAACCACGAAUCAACAAGUUUUAUCGGACAAACAAGAUGCCCUAUAAUGAUUUACUGGGCUCUUUUGCUACCGACUUCAACACCCUGGAGCCACGAUGGAGGAGCAUCAUCCGCCUGGAUGACCUACCAUGGCUUCGCGAUCAUCGUGUGCAGUCGGAAGUAGUCUUCCCCAUGGCCGGAUACAUUUCCAUGGCUAUUGAGGCCGCAUCGCAAUAUAAUCUGCUCCAGGGGAAGGCCAAUGGUGUAUCAUACAUUCUUCGAGAGGUGCUGGUCAAGUAUCCGUUGAUACUCUCUGAGAUGACUGAGUACGAUAUGACCCUGUCACUUCGCCCCUGUAUCAUUGGUCCUCAAACCCAAUCCAAAAAGUGGUACGAGUUUGCCAUAUUUUCAUGCUGCGGAGAUUCAGAGUUCGAAGAACGCUGCAGAGGAAAGAUCUGCGUUUUAGACAGGCCUCAGGCUAAGAACAAAAGUGGCUACAUUUUCCCGGACGGGUUUCCCGGACUAGCACUAGAUCACACCAAUUUCUAUACAGCUGUCAAGAAUUCUGGUAUUGAGUAUGGUGCCUCGUUCCAGGGCCUGCAUGAUAUCAAAGCUACUGGCUGUGAGGCCAUCGCAAAGCUGAGAAUUCCCGACACCGCAAAGACCAUGCCCUCUAUGUGCGAGAGCGCGUACGUGCUGCAUCCAGCCACAAUCGAUAUCCUGAUGCAAACGGUGUUACUCCUCGCACGCUCUAGAUUUGGGGGACUGGACAGACUCUACAUGCCCCGCUAUAUCGAAGAAAUUGAGGUUCGAUCCCCAACUGUCCUGGCAGCAGACAAUGAUUUGGCUGUCAGCGGGAUAAUUUCGAGUCCUUCUCUGGAUGUUCCCGUAUUCUCUCUGUCUGCACAACAGGAGAAUGGAGGUUUAGUUUCGAUCAAAGGCCUUCAAUGUCGAGGGCGGCCUUUGCCGGAAGUUUCCUCUACCAUGACCAAUUUCUGCCACAAGAUCGAAUGGAUGCCCUGGGUGGACAUUCUAUCGGCCGAUGAACUACGCCGUGCUUUUGAGGUGUCAAAUGAAGGCGCAGCUCAUGAGAGGUCGCGUAUCAGAAUUCUCAACGAUGUUUCGUUGUACUACAUGCAUGAAGCACUGGAGCAGCUUGGGGAUUAUGAUGGGUCACGACAAGUAAACAUGUACCGCUGGAUGAAAGAGAGGGUCCAAGAACUAUGGCACAAUACUAUAGAUGACCAACAGGCCCAGGAGCUUAUACAAAAAGCAAGCCAGGUUGGAUCGGUUGGAGAGUUCCUUUGCCGGAUGGGCGAAAACAUCGCCCGGAUCAUUCGCGAAGAAGUGGAGCCUCUCAGCCUCAUGCUGCAAGAUGAUUUACUUACGAGGUAUUAUGAGGACUUGGAGCCUCUGAAAAACCGUCUAUAUCCAGCUGCGGCAUCAAUCGUUGCUUGCUUGGCUCACCAGAACCCCAACAUGCGCAUCUUGGAGAUUGGGGCUGGAACAGGGGGGACGACACUUCCCAUUCUACAAGCUCUCGGUGAGCCAGGACCAACUGGUCAAACCCUGUUUGAUUCCUAUGUUUUCACUGAUGUCAGUGCUGGGUUCUUUGAAAAAUCCAAGAUCAAGCUCCAGACGUGGAAGCAGGUGUUGGACUUCCAAGUUUUGAACAUCGAAGCUUCGCCAGAGGGUCAGGGCUACACAGAAGGGACCUACGAUCUGAUCAUCGCGGCCAAUGUUUUACACGCGACGGUGAAUAUGUCGAAAACAAUGACCAACGUUCGUUCCCUUCUCAAACCGGGCGGUAAGCUACUUUUGCUGGAGAUAACGAGCCCAAGCAUAGCAUCAUUCCCCUUUGCGACACUACCCGGUUGGUGGCUUGGAGAAGAAGAAUUCCGUCAAAAUGGUCCCACCCUUUCGUCUGUGACUUGGGACAGUGUUUUACGAUCGACGGGUUUCUCUGGUAUUCAGGCGGAGCUUCACGAUUACCCUGGCGCCCUUGAGCAAGAAUGCAGUUUGAUUGUGAGCUCGGCUACCGCACCCGAUCAAUGGAUCCCAAGCAAAGACCUCACUAUUGUCACUGGCGGCUCUUCAGAGGGUCUCGCAGAAGCGCUCAAGAGCAGCCUUGCUGAAUCGCUACAAAUUACCGCACGUGUUGUGGCACUCGACGCCAUUGCCACUGAACCUAGUACUUCGAAGAAUUACAUUGUAUUAGAAGACUCUGACUCUCCUUUUAUGCAUUGUAUAAGCGAGGUUCAAUAUCGGGGCCUCCAGCGCAUCUGCGAGGCGGAUAGAAAUCUGUGGGUGGUAGCAGGGGCCAACCAGGACUCUGUGGAUCCCGAGGCGAGCAUGACCUUAGGGCUCACCCGAAGUAUUCGGGAAGAAAACCACAAUCAGAAGCUGGUUGUAUUGGAUCUGGAUCUCGUCAACCGGCUCCCAAAUGCUGAAGCAGCUUCCAUGAUUCUCCGCGUCUUCUCACAGUCGUUUGUCAAGCCAGACGCACCUCUGGCAGAGCCCGAACUCUCUGAAAGAGACGGAAUUAUUCGGAUUCCACGAUUCAAGCCGGAUACUGGAAUGAACCAGUUAAUCACUGACACACGGGAGCAAUUUGCACCGAGGUCUGAAACCGGUUGGGAGAGUGGUCAUCUACUUAAGAUGCAGUUACAAGCACCGGGAACCUCCAAAAGUCUCACCUUUGUUGAUAAUGGGUUAUCACGACCGGCCAUCAAUGACCUGGAUGUUGAAGUCGAGGUUAAGGCAAGUGGAGUCAGCUUUCAAGACACCUUAAUCAGCAACGGCAAGGUUAUCGGAGACCUUGGCUACGAAUGCAGCGGCGUGAUUACAGCUACUGGCCUCGGGGUCAAGGAUCUGGCCGUUGGUGAUCGUGUGUGUGCUUUGACACGAGGUACAUAUGCAUCCAUUGUGCGCUGCCCCUCGGUCCAGGUAGUCAAGAUUCCCGAUUCAAUGGCAUACACUACUGCGGCCGCUAUUCCUAUGGCAUUUGUCACAGCCUACUAUUCUGUAGUAACGGUUGGUCACCUCGAGCGAGGGGAGAGAAUUCUCAUUCACCAGGCUGCAGGAGGUGUCGGUCAAAUGGCCGUGAGACUUGCACAGUAUCUUGGUGCCGAGGUCUAUGCGACAGUUGGUUCUUCCGAGAAGAGGGAAGCAAUCGCAGACUAUUUCCAGAUUCCGUUCGACCACAUCUUCUGCAAGGAUCAGAUCUCAACAUACGAAGAUCUGAUGGACGCGACAGCAGGGAGGGGCUAUGAUGUCGUUGUGAACACUCGGUCCAAUGAAGCAUUAGAUGUGUCCUGGAAGUGCCUAGGACCCUAUGGAAGAUUUGUGAAUCUUGCCCUCGCGGAUAUCUUGGAUGACAACCGUCUUUCAAUGAGACCGUUUAACAGAGGUGCCUCCUUCUUCUCGAUAAACCUGGAGGCCCUAAUGAAAGACAAACCUCAGCUUUUGCAAGAUAUUUUAACCCGGGGAAUUGAUUGGUACGCUACUGGGGUGAUAAAGUCAGGGAUGUCGCCCAAUUGCUACUCCGUUGGGGCGAUAGAGGAUGCCUUUAAGCAUCUAAGCGAGGGCAAUUCAAUCGGGAAGCUAGUCGUUGAUUUCUCAUCGCCAGGACCGGUAUCGGUGGCCAGGGAUGAGGCAAGUAUGCCAUUGUUCACGCACGAUGAGUCCUACCUUGUCGUGGGUGGGGGUGGUGGUAUUGGACGAAGUAUUGUUCAGUGGAUGAGCCGCAGAGGUGCCAAGAACAUCAUUAUCAUGACUCGCAGCGGGCUACAAUCCCAAAGAGUGCGCGAGCUAGAGUCGGAGAUGCAACUGAAAGGCAUACGGCUGGCGGUGUUCCAAGGUGACGUUGCAGAUUCCAACAGCCUGGAAAAUGUUAUUCAGGAGAGUGCAAAAAUUCUUCCGCCCAUACGAGGUGUCAUCCACAGCGCCAUGGUGCUGAAAACCAUGUUAUUUGAGAACAUGCCCUAUGACGAUUAUCGCGCGGUGGUCAGCCCUAAGGUUCAGGGUGCAUGGAACCUGCAUCAGUAUUUCAGUGAUCCCCACAGUCUCAGGUUCUUCAUCAUUAUCUCAUCCAUUACUGGUACCAUUGGAGCCCCAAGCCAUUCUGCCUACGGUGCCGCCACAACCUAUUUGGGCUCACUGGCACGGAUGCGAAAUGCUCAAGGUCUUCCUGCUGUCUCCGUCGACUUAGGCCCAGUGACCAAAAUCGGAUACAUUGCCGAGCAGAGCAGUCGACAGCAGGUGAUUGACAAAAACUGGGGUGAUGAGGGCCUCACCGACAUGGACAUCAAUGACAUUCUGGAUACGGUGAUCAGUGGGCGAUAUGAUCCCAGUUGGGAUGCCGAAUGUUAUACCUGCUUGCUUCCGCCCUCCUCGCAUGUUCCUUUCUGGUUUUCUGAUAGUCGAUUCGUUCAUUGCCGGCACCCCCGUCUUACGGGAGAACAGGGCACUGACAACAUCGAUGAAAAACCGGUUAUUCCACUAGGCCAGUUGUUGUCCAAGAGCCAGUCUCUUGAGGAUGAUCAAUCCAUCAUUUACGAAGCUGUUGUGGGCAAGUUUGUCUCGGUCUUGUCCUUGCACCCAGAUGACAUUGUACCCUCGAAGCCUCCUAGUGCCUAUGGAGUUGACUCUUUGGUGGCUGGUGAGAUCCGCAAUUGGAUUGUGCGUGAAAUGAAAGCGAGUCUGAGUCUACCAGAGCUUAUGAGCAGUGCUUCCUUUGUGGACUUGUCCGACACCAUCACACAACGGUAUCGGGUAGCCAAGGCGGCCUAG